GUCGUCUUUAAAUCCACCUUUUUUCAUUGAUUUCAUUUCAUGAGCAUAAACUUUCUCUCCAGAAAACUUUAGACUAAAGGAAUAACCCCCAAAAUGACCCUCAAGUCAGAUGCUCAAACUUUCAAAUCCCAGUAUAUAACUGCUGAGCUGGCUCAUCUGUUCAGCCAAUCAGACAGCGAGGAGGAGUUUGAAGGAUUCAGCGAGGAUGAGGCAGAAGAGGACAGAGGAUGCCUCCAAAAGCAGCAAAAGACCAAAGUUGUUGACUCAGAGGGGGACAGCGACAAAGACACAGGCUUCUACUCGGACGGCGAGGAGCCACUUGAGCCAAAGAGGAGGAGUCUGUUAGUGGCGCUUAGGUUUCCAGGCAAGAAGGAACCUGCCAAACCCCCAAAUAAACAGAAUGAGAAAACUGUCACUAAGCCAGUCAGAGGGAGUGACCCGCCUCAGAGAGGGAGAGGAAGGCCGAGGAAGGUCAACGAGGAGGAGGAGGAGGAGGAGGAGGAGGUGGAAGUGAUGGAGAAGAAGGAGGAGGUCCUGUGCCAAAGUCUGACAAAACGAGAUCGCAACAUACAGGAAAACAAAGCCAUGCUCGCGAAGCUGUUUGCUGGCCUGACCUCCCUCGCUGACCUGACUCCGCUGGACUCGCCCCAGAAGAGGAAGAGGAUAUCUCAGAAGGUAUCGCCGCAGAAGCGCAAGUUUAAGUCCGAUGUCGGGUCAGAGAGGAGGAACCCGUCGCGUAAGGCUCGUCCGCCGGAGAACUUUGGGGUGGAGCAAAAGCCUGAGCCGGCUCGCAUUAGAACACCAAGGACUCUGGACAUCUGGAGACUGAUGGAGGUGGAUGAGGAACGUAUAGAUGGGAGAAAGAAAAAGAAAAGAAGCCCCAAGUCCAGGAAGAGUCAGUUCGUGGUGAAGUCGGUCGACGAGAUCACGGACGAGGACCUGGAAAACGUGGCGUACCGCAGCAAAGACAAGAUCUGGGACAAAGACAAUGGAAGCUCAUGCCACCAGUGCAGACAGAAGACUCUGGACACCAAGACAGUGUGCCGUAGUGGUUACUGUGUGGGGGUCAAAGGUCAGUUCUGUGGACCGUGCCUGAAGAAUCGCUACGGAGAGGACGUGCGCACCGUUCUGCUGGACCCGACGUGGUCGUGUCCCAUCUGCCGGGGAAUGUGUAACUGCAGCUUGUGUCGUAAGAAGGAGGGCCGCUGCGCCACGGGGACCCUGGUGGCCCUGGCGCGCUACAACGGCCACGACAACGUCCACCAGUAUUUGGAGAGUAUCCAGAAGGAGCUGCAGUGAAAUCCAGAAAACUAAACGUCUUCUGGUGCUGCUCCGUACUGUAAAGACAUUUUCACGCACAUUUUGAUUCCCAACACAUUUCUGACCUUUUAUCCAACUUGACAAAACAACAUUGUUGGGAUUUUUUUAUUUUUUAUUUUUUUUAAAGUCACCUUAAUGAGUUUCAUACUAUAGAUAUUUUUUAUAUGUAUAUCCUGGUUUGUGUUUGCGUUGCAGGGAUGUUUAUGUCAGACCUUUAAAUUGUAAAAAUUUUUCCUAAACUUGAUAUAUAUAUUUUUUUUCCAUUUACCUAAAUGUUUUAGUCUUUUGUUUUUUUUUAUAGCAAAAACUGAAGCGUUGAUUCAAGUGGCUUUGUAACACUUCAUGCCAUUCUCACUGGUUUAUUUUUUACAUCUUAAUAAAGUUUGUGAAAAAGAGAA